GCGCGCGCGGGCUUUGGGGGCGGGGAGCUGCGGCCUGUGUACGCGUCAAAGGCAGGCGGGGGCCCGCGCUGUGUGCUUCGUGGUUUUUUCCAGGGAUGCUUUCAGGAAGUUGUCAUUUGGUUCCAACGCGGCGGCCCCGCCGCGAGGGCGUGGAAGCGAGCUCUGUGGAAACUUCCUCCCUGGGCGCGCGGCCGGGGGGCGGACGGAGCAGCUCUGCUCUGCGCGGAGUCUGCUUGCCCGCGCUCCUCUAGCCGUGCUCGGCGCUGGGAAUGUUUGUGUCUGCCUCUGUCACCAAGAAAGCAGAAGUGAGGAUCAGGUGGUGCCACGGUCGUCCUCCCACUUAUAUGCACGAUAUGGAUGUAAUGAGGCCCCUGAUAAAUGAGCAGAAUGUUGAUGGGACAUCAGAUGAAGAACAUGAGACAGAGCUCCUGCCCGUUCAGAAACAUUACCAACUUAAUCACCAAGAGGGUAUUUCAUUUGUACAAACUCUUAUGCAUCUUCUUAAGGGCAAUAUUGGAACCGGCUUGUUAGGACUUCCAUUGGCAAUCAGAAAUGCAGGCAUAGUGCUUGGGCCAAUCAGCCUUGUGUUUAUAGGAAUUAUUUCUGUUCACUGUAUGCACAUAUUGGUACGUUGCAGUCACUUUCUAUGUCAGAGGUUUAAGAAGUCAACUUUAGGUUAUAGUGACACUGUGAGCUUUGCUAUGGAAGUCAGUCCUUGGAGUUGUCUCCAGAAGCAAGCGGCAUGGGGACGGACUGUGGUUGACUUUUUUCUGGUGAUAACACAGUUGGGAUUCUGCAGUGUCUAUAUUGUCUUCCUAGCUGAAAAUGUGAAGCAAGUUCAUGAAGGAUUCCUGGAGAGUAAAGUGUUUAUUUCGAAUAAUACCAAUUCAUCAACUCCAUGUGAGAGGAGAAGUGUUGACCUAAGGAUAUAUAUGCUUUAUUUUCUUCCAUUUAUAAUUCUUUUGGUCUUCAUUCGUGAGCUAAAGAAUCUGUUUGUACUUUCAUUCCUUGCCAAUGUUUCCAUGGCUGUCAGUCUUGUGAUAAUUUAUCAAUAUGUUGUUAGGAACAUGCCAGAUCCCCACAACCUUCCAAUAGUGGCUGGUUGGAAAAAAUACCCGCUCUUUUUUGGUACUGCGGUAUUUGCUUUUGAAGGCAUAGGAGUGGUCCUUCCACUGGAAAACCAAAUGAAAGAAGCGAAGCGCUUUCCUCAAGCACUGAACAUUGGUAUGGGGAUCGUCACGGCUUUGUAUGUGACACUGGCUACCUUAGGGUACAUGUGCUUUCGUGACAAAAUCAAAGGCAGCAUAACUUUAAAUCUCCCCCAGGAUGUGUGGUUAUAUCAAUCAGUGAAAAUUCUGUAUUCCUUUGGCAUUUUUGUGACAUAUUCAAUUCAGUUCUAUGUUCCAGCAGAGAUCAUUAUCCCUGGAGUCACAUCCAAAUUUCGUGCAAAAUGGAAGCAAAUGUGUGAAUUUGGGAUAAGGUCCCUCUUGGUUAGUCUUACUUGUGCCGGAGCAAUUCUUAUUCCUCGUUUAGACAUUGUGAUUUCGUUUGUGGGCGCUGUGAGCAGCAGCACAUUGGCCUUGAUCUUACCACCUUUGGUUGAAAUUCUUACCUUUUCUAAGGAACAUUACAAUAUAUGGAUGAUCCUGAAAAAUAUUUCUAUAGCUUUCACUGGAGUCGUUGGCUUCUUACUAGGUACAUAUGUGACUGUUGAAGAAAUUAUUUAUCCUACUCCCACAGUUACAGAGGGUACUCCACAAAGUCCUUCUCUAAAUUGGAGUUCAACAUGCUUAAUGUCUGGUUUGAAAUAGUAGAAGCAAAGUUAUGAGUCUUUUGUCUCAAUUCUGAAAAUGAUUGAAAUAAGAACCAGUAAAAUGCAUUGCUAUCCACUAAAAACAAACCAAAUUCUCUUUUCCUUUGGUACAGAUUUAGGAUUUUGGCAGUAAACUCCUAAUUACCAGUACUGGUAAACUAUGACAGAUCCUUGGUUAUUAGUUAUAGCAAUAAUUUUUUUUAAUUAAUUUUGAAAAUUAAGAAAUUAAAUAUAAAAAUUAAAGACUAAAAUCUUUUAUUCUUUAUUUCUAUAAUAAGUGCUUUAACCAAGAUUUUUCUCUUUUCCCUAUCUUACUCUUUUGCCACCCAAUCGACAAGAUACAGGAUUUCAACAAUAAGAUAAAUAAGGACAUAUAUGACAAAAAUCUCACUCCACAUUAUCCCAGUGAAUGUCAAAGUAAAUUGUGUAAUGUAAAAUAACUGAUUUGUUUUUAUUAGAGAGAAAAAUACUUAUGCUAAAGCCCCUGGAAGGAUAGAAAACUCCUACUAACCAUAAUGUAAGCAUCAGAAAAUCACCAAAACUGGAAUUAUUUUUACACUAUAUUGUAAUGGUAGUUGGUCUUCAUACUAAUCAAAAGGCACUGAGCGAGAUUCUGUCAUCUUAUUUGAGUCAAGUUUAAGAGGGUCUUUACAGAUUUCCCAGGGCAGCUCCCUUAUUUUUCAGUGGAGGAAAUGGAUUUCCAGAAAGUUUAAGUAACUUGGUCAAGACCACUCACCUUUGAGAUCAAGAGAACCUGCUUUUCUGACUCCCCAGCCAGGAUUUCUUUACUUUUCACAUCACAUUGAAGAAGAAAAAUAAAUUAUGUGUAGUUUAAUUUUAAUGUUGAGUAAUUAUAGUUCCAUGCUUUGAAGUGGGUGUGUUAUCUUUAGAUAGUAUACAUGACAUGAGCAUAAAAUUAGGAACACUACAGCUUCCUAAAUCUCAACAAUGGAAAGAAGCAGUGUUCUUUCAGACAGAAUCAAGACCAUUGGCCAGUGUAACUACUGGCUGGUAGGGUGUGCUAAGAUGUAGUCUUUAUGGUUUAAGUGCUUCUUAUGUUUCUUUCUUUCCUCAUUUUUGAGCCACCAUCUUCCUUAAUGGCAGAAAAUAGAUGGUUGACAAAAUACAGAUUUUGUAGGCUCUUUUCAGACAUGUGGCUUUCCUGAUCACAGUCUGUUGAUCUGACUGGAGAACCAUAAAAGCAUGCUUAGGAAGAAUGGGAACAGUAAUACCUGCUGAGAUACUUCCAGACUUCUUCCAGGGAACUGGCUUCUGUCGCUCCAUAGACCACUUGUUCACCCAAGUGGAGUAUCUCAUUUGAUGGGGACGAUGAAAGUUAAAAAAUGGAAAAUAGUACUGUCUCAUGAUUUAAAAAAUUCACAUUAUAAAACAUGAACGUUUUAAUCAGCCUGGUGGUACUCUAGUGUGUAGUACUGCAAGAUUUCAUCAAGCUAACUGUACGGAAUAUAUUCUUUAUUUUUAUAUGUAAAUAUUAGCUUAUUCAGAUAUUUUUUGCUUAUUACAUUAUUAACUGGUCAUCAAGUAUGAUCCUAAAGAUAUAUCAGAAGCUUUAUUUUGGUACAAAUUCAUAAGAAUCGGACUUUUAAAAAAUAUUUCCAUUAAAUAUUAUCACUGAUUACUUUUGAUACUUUUAUAUCAAAUCUGUUACAUUCAGUCUUUAGUCAUAUUAACAGAAUGUGGAAGAAGAUAUAGGAAACGUUAUCUUCGUUGAAACUAAUGUGAUAUAAUCUUGAAUCCAAGAAUAAAGGAGAUAUUUAAAACAUUUAUAAUGUUAUAAACUGAGCUGAAAACCAUUAUUUAAUCCAAAGCAGCAUUGUUUUUAACAGGUGUCUUCACGUUUGUAGUCAAUGCAUACAGUUUUAUUUUUCUAUUUUAACUUGUUCAUUUUCAUAUGGAAUUAAUCAAAUGGAAGAAAUUUUGAAUCAUUGAUCAUAGCAAUAAAUAAUUUUAAAAUGUGGUACAAUGUCCACCUUGGGCUUUCUUUGUGGUAACACUGUUAAAUUAAUAUCUACCACUAAAUUCACUAAAUUAUCAGUACUUCAGAUAUAAGAAAGAAGUACUUAAAAGAAGAAGAGAGAUUUGAUUCUCAACAAGAAAUCCUACUUAGGUGUAAAAUGUAAAUAUACUCUUAUUUAAGAAUAUUUAAUGAUAUAUUUAUCGGUGGAUAAUUUUUUGUCUAAAAUUUAGUUUUAAUAAGUCAUAAUAUUUUCUAAAGAUCUGUCGAGAAGAUAUUUUGAUUCUACCAGCCAUUGCUUUUUAUUUUGGGAGCCUAGAGAAAUGAGAGCAUUGCACCUGCCAAAUUAUAUAUGUGCUUUCUUUUGGUCUAUUGCAUUAUGGCUAAAGUGACUUCAGCAUUUAUCUGCUGCCACAGUGAACAGUUCUCCCCUAAAAGUUAAGCAGUUGCCCUGGAAUCACUUCUGCAACUGAGUUGGCAGAAAGAAAAGCUUAAUGUACCUAUGAUGAGCUCUAUGCAAAGCUAGUUUUCUCCAUUCCCUUACACCCAAAGAGUUUCAGCAGAGUCGGAAUAAUCCUGACAAAAUUCUGGUUUUGAGGCUUUUUUUUUAAUCAGAAGAUCUCCCAUAUGGCUAGAUUUCUUCACAGUUAAAGAAGUUAGAGCUACCCAUCAAUUUUUCGUGAUUGAAGACAACUUUAGAUGGUGCUAUCAAAUAAACACAAGUUCUGUAUUAGCAAAUGCCACAUUAUUUUAGUUCUGGUUUCAGUAGAUUCUUUUUACUAAAACCAUUUCUGACUCUUGUUUAAACAGUGCACUUACAUUUUUACAAGGAGUUUAUGACAGUAUGAGUUGUAAAUUUCCUAACAGAGUUUGAUCUUCAUUAUUUUCAUAAUAGUCCUGUUUCAAGGUACUGUAAAAUACUAACACUGUUCUGUAUUAGUGCCACUUCUACCUGUGGGAAGGCACCACAGCUGUGAAUACAGUGUCUGCAUGGUAUGCAUUUAUUUACUGACAUUAUAUCCCUGAAAAUUAGGUCUCAUUCUCACUUUUCUUCAGUUAAGGGGAGGAAGGGAUUGAGGGGUAACUCAGUGGUGGUGUCUUCUGAGUAUGCACAAAGCUCUGGGACCAGUCAACACUAAAGAAAGCUGUACAUUUGAUGGAAACAAUAAAUACAGUUAUUUAAUCAGCAGUGCCAGUGGUCUAGUGGUUCAAUGAAUAUUAUCUGUUGAAGAAUAAUAUAAUCUGGUAAAAAUAUAGGCCAUUUAUAAUGUAAAAUGUUUUUAAAAAUUGGGUUUACUUUAAUUGUCUCAACUAGCUUUCUGUUCUUAAGAAAAUGUGAAAAAUUGGUAUAAAAUGUGCAAGAUAUUUCCUAGCAUUGGUGUAAAAUGUGCAAGAUAUUUCCUAUCGUAUUUCCUGACUGUAAAAGUUACUGUUUUGCCACUAGCACUUACUAGGCCACAAACUUUUCUGAAACUGGUUGGUUUUGAGCUAGGCAACAAAAAACAUUUAAUAAGUGACUAGAAAUGGUAUUUGUUCCCUGGGAUAAGUGAAAUAAAAGUCACUGAAAUUGUUUAACUUUCCUAUGAAAAUGAGCUUGUUCCUAUUUGCAUGCAUGUGUCCUACCCGCAACAUGUGCACAGUGGGAGUCUGUGAAGUGUAUACAAAUACUGAUUUAUCAUUUAAAUUGGAUGCAGGAAGUGUUGUAUUAAAAAUAAUAUCACUCUAAAAGUAUGGCAUUGGCGUUUUAUUUUUAUUUUCUUGGUACCGGGAA